AUGCUGCACCCCUAUCAGUGUCUUGCAGCCAUUGGCCAAGAAUAUCUCGUUGCGGCCUGUGGACCACGACUUCUUGUGCUUGGCCUUGACCAUGGACGUUUGAUCUCGGACUGGACUUCGGAAGACAAUGUAGGUCUGGAGAGACGUCUUUCGACACUCAUGCGAGAUGAACUUUCAAUUUACUCAUAGUAGGCACAGUCACCAGAAGUCGGCAGAGCGGACUCCAAUGGCGCCCAACAGCGACCCGCAAAGAAGCAAAAGACCGGCACGGCAUCCGCCAAGGCCCCCAAUGUCAUCAGGUUGACAGUCUCAGAAGACCAACACCACGUUGUUGCGGUCACUGAUGACAAGUUUGUCCGUGUCUUUGAGCAGGAAUCUGGCGUCUUGGCCGAAUUGAGCCAGCGAUGCAUGCCCAAGCGGCCGUGUGCGGUUCAAAUCAUGCCGGACAAUGCUACCAUUUUGAUUGGUGACAAAUUCGGGGACGUCUACUCUAUCCCGUUAUUGCCUUCGGAGGCCUCAGAGGCUGCAGCUGCAAAAGAGCAAUCGACGCCCCAACCUGCCUCCACUUUCAAGGCUUCAGCAACAAACCUGACCGUGCACACAGCACGCAAUCUCAAAGCAUUGGAAGCUCAGACUAAGCAGAAGGAUUUUACUCCUCGCAAGGAGCCGCUUAAAUUCGAGCAUGAACUUUUGCUUGGGCAUGUAGCAAUGCUCACUGAUAUGAAAUACCUUUUGAAGGAAGACGGCGGCAAAGAAAAGGGCUACAUCCUCACGGCUGAUCGAGACGAACACAUUCGCAUCUCAAGAGGUCCACCUCAGAGUCAUGUCAUCGAAGGCUAUUGUCUCGGCCACACAGAGUUCAUCAGCAAGAUCUGCCAGGUCGGCGAGACCAACUUGCUGGUCAGCGGCGGCGGUGACGGUUGGCUUGGCGUUUGGGACUGGCCAGAAUACAAGCUGCGCAAGAAAAUCGACCUUCUUGGCCACGUCAGAGAUACCAAUGGCCACCAAAAGGAUGAUCAGGUUGCCGUUUCGGGAAUCUGGAGCAUGAGUAUUGAUGCAGCCGGCGGAAUGGACAUGGAAGACGUGAUUCUUGUCGCAUGUGACAAGAUCAAAGCGCUCUACAUCUUUCCGCUGUCGUAUCUUGAAGCAGACCCCGCCCAGCACGAGAAGUCCGAGUUCGAAAGGCCGGUCAUCACCGAAGUUCCAUUUGAAGGAUGUCCACUCGACGUGGUAGUCUCUGGAGAUCGAGCCAUCGUGUCCGUGGACCAGCGACAGAAUGGAAAGAAGAGAAUCCAAACGUUCUGGCCAAGGAAGAAGGGUGCUGAAGGAGAUCCAUUGGCUCCGGUCUUGAUCGAACAGGAGGAAGAGGAAGGUAUUGAAGAGCAGCUGAAGACUUUGAACGAUUACAGGGGACCGGAGAAAGAUGUCACACAUAAAGAGUUGGACGGACUGCUAUAUGGCGUAGCAGAGAUGCGGAAGCGGCGUGACCAGCCGGAAGGUGGCGACAACGAAGAGAGAGCACAGGGGCCCGAAGACCAAGAGAAUGGGCAAGGCGAGCAACAGGAGAGGACCAAUUAUGCAGAAGAGGAGUGA